AUGUCGGCCUUCAUCCGGGAGAAGAAGGACUACACCGUAAGCUUCCUGGACGCCGGCGGGCGGGAAAUCUACGGCGACACCAUGGGCAGCGACAUCCUGGGCUGCGUGUGGGAAAACUACCCGGUGGAAUCGAUGCGUACCGGGGACCUGUAUUGGUACAACGACCCGUACCUCUCGCAGGGGAGCAUCACCCAUACGCCGGACAUGGUGUUCAUAGCUCCGGUGUUCUUCGAAGGCCAGGUGGUGGCCUACUGCCACUCGUUUGCCCAUUUCUGGGAUCUGGGCGGGUCGCGACCGGGCAGCAUCGGGCCGGCGAACACCGAGAUCUUCCACGACGGGACGCUGGUACCGCCGAUCAAAAUCAUCGACGCCGGCAACCUCAACGAUGAGGCCUACCGCAUCAUCCUGCGCAAUUCCCGGUAUCCCGACCUGCUCGAAGGCGAUUCGAGGGCGCUGAUGUCAGCGGCCAAUCGCGCGCAGGAACGGUUGCUGGAGAUGUUCGAGCGCUUCGGACGCGACACGAUGCUAACCGCAAUCGCCGAAGAUCAGGCCGACACCGGGCGUUUGGUGCGGGACAAGACGUUGGAGCUGAUCCCGGAGGGCGAGUAUUCGGUACGCGACUAUAUGGACCACGCCGGGGUAAGCGAGCGGUGGCAUUCCUUCCAUCUCAAGCUGGUCCGGAGAGGUGACGAAAUUCUGCUGGAUGCCACAGGCAGCGACGACCAGGCGGACGGCUCGAUCAAUUUCAUCGCCAGUGACGGGGCGCUAAAGGCUUAUUUUGGCCAGUACUUCCACCAGUUCGACGCCUCCCUGAUGGCCAACCACGGGCUGUUGGCAGGGAUCGACGAUGUGCGACUCAGGCAAGGUAGCAUAUUACGACCAGACUGGCCGGCGGCAUUGGGAUGCCGAGCCCAUACGUUCACCAAGCUGAAGAGCGCGGUGCGGGCCGUGGUCGCCCAGGCCACGGAGGGCAGGGUGAUGGCCGCCGCCGCGGUUUACGUGAUUGCCUACUGGCGGAUGAAGGAAAACGGGACGGGGAAUUGGCUGCUCUGUACGGAUGGCAUCGCGGUGGGACAUGGAGCCCGUCCGUUCGGAGACGGUCUGGACGCCAUUUACCAGCGACACAACGAGAACUAUCCCGGCGAGUUCAUGGAGAUGGAGUAUCCGCUGCGAUUGGAGCGUUACGCGAUCGCAACCGAUUCGGGAGGCCCAGGCAAGUACCGGGGUGGCUGCGGCGUGGUUCGGGAAGUUAGGCUGCUGGCGAACGAAGGCACGUUCGGGUUGCGGGUGGAGAACAACCGCUUCCCCGCCUGGGGCGUGGCCGGCGGGAAGGGUGGCGGCUUGUCCCAGGUGCUCCUGAAUCCUGGAACACCUGAAGAACGGGAGAUUCGGGCGUUUUCCGACGACAACCGCUGGAGGCGGGGGGACCUGGUGCGCAUCUGCACGGCCGGCGGCGGCGGAUGGGGUGAUCCCCUGGAGCGGGAAGCCCAGUUGGUGCUGGACGAUGUCAAGGACGGCUUCGUUUCACCGGAGGCAGCGCUGAAGGAUUACGGCGUGGUGAUCGAUGAGGGCGGCCUGGUGGUCGACAUAGCGGCCACCGUCGCCAGGCGGGACGAGAUACGGAACGCCCGGGGCAAGACCGGACUCUUCCACCGCUUCGACUACUUCGAUUCAGAGGCGGAGGAACUGGAGUGGGUCAACCGGCAUAUCCCGCGCUGA